CGUGGUGCAGAGAAGGACCGGGGAGUCUGACUGACGGCCAUUUGGGUUAUUUCCACUUUGGAGUUAUUAUGAAUAAUGCUGUCGUAACCAUCAGUGUACAUGAUGGUCAUGUUUUCAUUUCUCUUGGUGGAGGCCAUUUUUGCCUGCAAGGGAAUGGCAGCUCACAUAAACCACAGCCGGCAGCGGGCCAAGGGCGCGGGCCAGCACCACCGUGCCGAGAGCUACCGCAACCAGAGCUUCGAAGAGCUGCGGGCAGCCUGUCUGCAGAAGAGAGAGCUGUUCGUGGACCCUUUCUUCCCUGCUGACCCCAGCUCCCUGGGCUUCAAGGAACUGGGACCCAACUCUAAAAAUGUGGAGAACAUCUUCUGGCGGCGGCCCAGGGAAAUCACAAACAAUCCUUGGUUCAUUGUGCACGGAGCCACUCAGAUGGACAUCUGCCAGGGGAUACUCGGGGACUGCUGGCUGCUGGCUGCCAUCGGCUCCCUCACCACGAAGCCCAAAUUGGUGCGCCGUGUGGUGCCCAGGGGCCAGAGCUUCAGGAAAAACUACGCUGGCAUCUUCCAUUUUCAGAUUUGGCAGUUUGGAUGUUGGAUGGACGUGGUGGUGGAUGACCGGCUGCCCACGAAGGAUGACAAGCUGGUGUUCGUGCACUCACUCAAAGGCAAUGAGUUCUGGAGCGCCCUGCUGGAGAAGGCAUACGCCAAGUUGAACGGCUCCUACGAAGCGCUGUCGGGGGGCAGCAUAGUGGAGGGCUUUGAGGACUUCACGGGGGGCAUAGCCCAGAGCUUCCAACUCCAGAGGCCCCCUCCAAAUCUGCCGAAGCUCCUGAGCAAGGCCCUGAAGAGAUCUUCCCUCGUGGGCUGCUCCAUCGAGGUCCACAGCAGUGAAGACCUGGAGUCGGUGACCAAAAUGAGGCUGGUGAGAGGACAUGCUUACUCCGUGACCGGCCUUCAGGAUGUCCCCUACAACGGCAAGAUGGAAAGAUUGGUUCGGCUCCGGAAUCCCUGGGGCCAGAUUGAAUGGAACGGAGCCUGGAGUGACAACGCCAAAGAGUGGCAAGAGGUGGCCCCAGUCAUCCGGAACCAGCUGUGGCACAGGAAGGAGGAUGGGGAGUUCUGGAUGUCAUACCAAGAUUUCCUGGACAAUUUCACACUCCUGGAAAUCUGCAACCUGACCCCUGACACACUCUCUGGAAACUAUAAUUGGCACACCACCCUCUACGAGGGCAACUGGCGGCGAGGCAGCACUGCGGGGGGCUGCAGGAACCACCCUGCCACGUUCUGGACCAACCCCCAGUUUAAGAUCCAGCUCCUGGAGGAGGAUGACCCUGAAGACAGCGAGGUUGUCUGCACCUGCCUGGUGGCCCUAAUGCAGAAGGACUGGAGGCGGGGGCGGCGUCUCGGGACCCAGCUGCAGACCAUUGGCUUUGUCAUCUACCCGGUCCCAAAGGAGUUGCAGGACAUUCAGAACAUCCAUCUGAAGAAGGACUUCUUCAUGAAGUAUGAAGCCCACGGCUUCUCAGAGAUCUACGCCAACUCACGGGAAGUGACCUCCCAGCUCCGGCUGCCCCCCGGAGAAUAUAUCAUUGUUCCCUCCACCUUCGAACCGCAGCGGGACGCCGACUUUCUGCUUCGGGUCUUCACAGAGAAGCACAGCGAGUCCUGGGAACUGGGUGAAGUCAACUAUGCUGAGCUGCUCCAGGAGGAGAAUGUUUCAGAGAGUGACAUAAGCCAGGACCUCCUACAUUUGUUUGGGAUUGUGGCAGGAGAGGGUAAGGAGAUAGGCUCCUAUGAGCUCCAGAAGCUGCUCAACAAGGUGGCCUCCAAAUUCAAAGAACUCAAGACUGGGAGCUUCGGCCUGGAUGCUUGCCGCUGUAUGGUCAACUUCAUGGAUAAAGAUGGCUCUGGCAAGUUGGGGCUUCUGGAGUUCCAGAUUCUGUGGCAGAAAAUCAAGAAAUGGACGGACAUCUUCCGAGAGUGUGACCAGGACCACUCGGGCACCAUGAACGCCUACGAGAUGCGCUUAGCAAUGGAGAAAGCAGGUAUGAAGCUGAACAACAAGGUGAUGCAGGUGCUGGUAGCCAGGUACGCAGACGAGAACAUGAUGGUGGACUUCGCCAGCUUCCUCAGCUGUAUCCUGAAGCUGAAGGCCAUGUUCAUAUUCUUUCUAACCAUGGACCCCAAGAAGACUGGCUAUAUUUGUCUGAACUUGGAACAGUGGCUGCAGAUGACCAUGUGGGGAUAGAGGAGCUCCAGGAGCCUGGCUCCCCACCACCUGCCAGGGUUUGGGCUGAGGUGGGGAAGGUUGGGCAAUGCUCUUGCAGCCCUCAGCUCUCUGUCUCUGAUGACGGGAUGUGCUCCAGGGGGGUGGCAGUGCUGGGCCCUUGAUGCCAUGUUUACUCCAGCAGUAGGCGCCACAUGCCCACCCUCCUUGCCCAGGGGGGCUUCUUUUCUAUUGCAGCCAGGCUUCUGGUGGCUGGACUUACUGCAGCCUCUCUCUCUCUUUGAGGAUGUUUUACUUAAAAUUAAGUGACACUUCCCCGGUCCCCACCCCCUGUCUGGGGAGGCCAAGAACAGGGAGAAGGGCUUGCAGUUUGCUCUGGGUACUUUCUGUCCUGCUCAGAUCUGGCUGCUGACAGCCCUUCCUCUUCUCUCCCUCCACCGUGGGCAUAAUAAACAGUG